AUGACAAACUCCGCCGCAUCAUCGCCGUCGCCCUCCUUGUCCCCGACCUCGGCCAAUCUCAAGGCCGCGGCCGGGGAGAAGAGACGUCUGACAGAGAAGGAGAAGAAGGCGAAUCACCUGGCAUCAGAGAAGAAACGAAGGGAACAUAUCCGAGAUCAGUUUGACCGGCUUUCGAACAUUGUCCCUGGUCUCGAGGGACGAGCGCGGUCGGAAGGCCUCAGUCUGGAGGCGAACGGUGUUGAAGUCCCAGUAGAUUACAAGAGAUGGUUUUUUGACGAUGAUUGGGAGGCUCAAAUGGAAAAGAGCAUAGCUGGUUCGAAAGGGGGCGGCAGCUCGCCAGGAGGUAGGCAAGGCGCAGACACGGCUUGUGACUCUGGUGGGCCACGCCGAGUCCCUGAUUCCCACACUUUCUCGGGCAACGGCAUCUCGCAUUUUGCGGUGGGGAGGCAGCCAGCAGCGAGGCAAAGGCCUCGCCAGAGCCGCCGGCCCGUAGGAGGAUCAGGGAAUCACGGCCGCGACAGGAUUAUUCUCCAACUCACCGGCCAGGUAAUUAGUUGA